GGUUUCACACCGAAGCAGAGAGGGAAGAGAGGCGAUAUAACAGUUUGAGCCCACGCCAUUGAAUGGAAGUUUCUGUUUCCUUUUAGGCAUCAAGAAUAUGGAGGAGAAGAAGAAGACACUCGGCGUCCAGGGCCUGUUGGCAACGACGGCGGUGGCGGUCCUUUGGCUAAGUUCUCUUGCCGUUUCGACAGAACAAACGAAUCAGAAGGAGUUGCGAUUCGGGGUAAAGGGGGAAUUCAAGAUACUGCAGGUGGCCGACAUGCACUAUGCCGAUGGCAAGACCACACCCUGCAAGGACGUUCUUCCUUCUCAGAUGGCAGGUUGCUCUGACCUCAACACCACCGCCUUCCUCAAUCGAAUGAUCCUGGCUGAGAAGCCUGACCUUAUUGUUUUCACAGGGGAUAAUAUCUAUGCCCAUGAUGCGACUGAUGCGGCAAGUUCUUUAGAUGCUGCAUUUGCCCCGGCCAUUUCCUCAGGCAUACCAUGGGCCGCCGUAUUGGGAAACCACGACCAGGAGUCCGCCUUGUCAAGAGAAGGGGUCAUGAAACACAUAGUUACCCUCAACAACACUUUGUCUCAGGUCAAUCCUCCCGGGGCCGAUGCCCUCGAUGGUUUUGGGAAUUACAACUUGGAGGUCCAUGGAUUUGAAGGCUCUGGUUUUGAGAACAAAUCGGUCCUCAAUCUUUACUUCCUCGAUAGCGGCGAUUACUCAACGGUACAUGCAAUUUCCGGUUACGGUUGGAUCAAACCCUCUCAGCAAGUUUGGUUUGAACGCACGUCUGUGGAGCUUCAGAGAGCCUAUAUGAGUGAGCCAGAGGCUCAGGAAGCACCUGCACCAGGGCUCGUUUACUUCCAUAUACCAGUGCCCGAAUACGCAAGUGUCAAUUCAUCGAAUUAUACUGGUGUAAAUCAAGAUGGCAUCAGCUCUCCUAGAGUAAACUCGGGUUUCUUUACAACUAUGGUAGAAGCAGGCGAUGUUAAAGCUGUUUUCACGGGCCACGAUCACCUUAACGACUUCUGUGGGGAAUAUACUGGUAUACAGCUUUGUUAUGGUGGGGGUUUUGGAUACCAUGCCUAUGGGAAGGCUGGAUGGUCAAGGAGGGCAAGGGUGGUCGUAGCAACAUUACAGAAAACAGACGAGGGAAGUUGGGGCCCUUUGAUGUCGAUCAAAACAUGGAAGCGUCUUGAUGAUGAGAACCUUACUACCAUUGAUGUUCAAGUACUUUGGAGCAACGGCACUACAGAAGUUGGAAGUCCGGUCGGGGCUCCGACGGCGAGCGAAGGGCCUUCGGGUAUGACACCAGGGUCUCUUCUGUCUCCCGCGGUCUCCCCUGCUCCGAUGACCGGAAACACUGGCGACUGCGCUUCACGGAGCACGCUGCUUUUAGUUGCCGGCUUAGGAGCCACGAUCCUCCGGGCGUUCUUCUGAUUCUAGUCGGAGGCCUUUCCAUUACAAAUUCUCCUCGCGAUUUCGUGAUUGUAUACCUUACAGAUGCAUCAACUACUUUGGUAGUUUCA